UUUUAGGUUAGGUCAUGGUCACAAAACUCUUUGAUCCUCAUUAAAUUAAAUUUCUAAAUUAUUAAAAAUAAUAAAUAUUGAUUACAAAUUUAAUUAUUUAAUAAAUGUUAUAAAAUAUCUGUGAUAUUCACGAGCACAAGAUUAUUUUUCUAGUUUUUUAAUAUAUUUGUGAAAAACAGCAAGAUAAAAUUAAAUAUGGUGUGUUUAUAUGAAAAGAAAAAAAUUAAAAACAUCUGGUUUAACUACAGUGUUUAUUUUUAUUGAAUAUAUUUUUGACAGUUGCAUAUUGAAAGCUAAUUUUUAAAUAAAAAUGCUUACAUUUUGGGCAGAUAUAUAAAAGUAAUUUGCCUAAAUUGUCACAUUAUAACAAAACUUGUUUAUGAAGUAAUUUUCCAUUUUUGUGGAAUGAUUCAUCAUAAAUACAUAUCUAAAUUGGCUAUUUUUUUUUUAUUGAUUGAUAAAAUGUGUCAGUAUAUUUUUUAUUUUACAAAAAGCAAUCGCAAUUUUUAAUUUAAAAAAGAAAAACGAUUUAUUAUAUUCUUAUUAUAAGUGGGAAAAAAAAGAUAAGGAUUUUUUUAAACAGCGUUUUUUAAAUAUAAAUAAAACAAAAUGAAUAAUACUAGCAAUAAUGGUAAAAUGCAAGAAAAUGAAAGCACAUUAGGAUUGACUUCGAAAAUGAUUUCUCUCGAGCAAAUUCAAAUGCCAUUUUCUCCGACAAAUGUUCCAAACGAAGAAAAAGAAGAGAAAGUUGACUUUGUUUUGGCUUUUAUCGAUAAUAAUAAUCAUAAUCAUGCUCGAAGGAGAGAAGAAUUUGAAAAUAGUUUAUUAGAACAAGGUUUAGAACUAGAAUAUGAGCAGAAUCGACAUCUUGGUUUUGUUAAAAUAAAUGCAUCAAAGGAAGUACUGUGUAGAUACUGUGAAAUCAUGAAAUUAAGAAUGCCAAUAAAACAUUCAGUAAGUGAUGAUUUAUCGGAAACGGAUACAAAUGAUUUUUUCGACGAUGCCAAAUCAUGGUUCUAUAAGGUGUUUAGUUUCGCUAAACUUGAUCCAAAGAAAUUUCCACCAAAGGAAUAUCAACUCGCAGCCGAAUUUUCAAGAGACAAAGAUUAUUUAUUCAAUAUAGAAGAUGAAAAUUUCUUUCCUAUGCAUAUUCGAAUAAUGAUUGUUGCCUUUGUUUUGGAACGUCAAAUGGAAGGGAUACAAAGACUUUUGUCAGAUAAUGUCUAUUCUGCUGCUUAUCCUUUGCACGAUGGCAAUUAUAAACAGAAGGGAACAGUUAGAGCGUUAUUAUACAAAGAAUGGUCGGCAGUUAAAAAAUGGAUCAACGUACAGCCAUUGGAUACAAUUCAAGAAUAUUUUGGAACUAAUUUUGCCAUGUAUUUUGCAUGGCUUGGAUUUUAUACUUAUAUGUUGAUUCCAGCGAGUAUAGCUGGCCUUCUUUGUUUUUUCUAUGGUUUAAUUACUUUAAACUCAAAUCAAUUAGCCAAAGAAGCAUGCAAUCGCACGGCGGAAGAUGUAAUAAUGUGCCCUCAAUGUGAUAAAACCUGUGAUUAUUGGCGUUUAAGUGAUACUUGUUUAUUAUCAAAAAUUACAUCGCUUUUUGAUAAUUCGGCAACAUUGGCAUUUGCAAUAUUUAUGUGUUUUUGGUCUGUUUUAUAUCUUGAACUUUGGAAUCGACGUUCCGCAGAAUUGAGUUAUCGAUGGGGUUUAGUCGAUUGGGAUCGUGCAGCUGAACAUCCGCGGCCUCAAUAUCUUAAAGCUCUUUCAAAUUCAAAAUUUUUUAAAGUUAAGGAAAAAGUAAAUAUUAUAACGGGAGAAGUUGAACCUCAUGUGAGUUUUUGGAAAGUACGAGUACCUGCAACUUUUAUUAGUUUUUCCGUUGUACUUUUAUUGACAACUGUGGCUAUUGCCGCAGUUUUCGCUGUUGUUUUAUAUCGUAUGUCUAUGAUAACUUCCACUUCUCUAUUUGGAAGAGAAUUUGAUUCGACAAGUUAUAAAUUAUUUGCUUUACCAGCAAUUGCCGCUGCUAUAAAUUUGGUUUGUAUUUUAAUAUUGAACUAUUUCUACGAUUGGCUAGCUGUUUAUUUAACAGAAAUGGAAUUACUACGAACUCAGGCAGAAUUUGACGAUAGUCUUACUCUUAAAGUUUAUUUAUUUCAAUUCGUUAAUUAUUAUGCGUCAAUUUUUUAUAUAGUUUUCCUCAAGGGAAAAUUUGUCGGAUAUCCAAAAAAGUACAAUCGCAUUCUUGGAUUUAGACAGGAAGAAUGUUCACCUGGAGGAUGCCUUUUGGAACUUUGUAUUCAACUUACUAUUAUUAUGGUUGGAAAACAAGCAUUGAGCAGUGCAAUGGAAAUGAUUUUUCCCGUUCUAUUCAAAUGGUGGGCAUUAUUUCGAAUUCACACUGGACUUAAGCAAAAAGAUCCAAUUGCUCCACGUCGACAGUGGAUUCGUGAUUUAAAACUUCUUGACUGGAGUCCUCGGGGAUUGUACGAUGAAUAUUUGGAAAUUGUCAUACAAUUUGGAUUUGUCACUUUAUUUGUGGUGGCAUUUCCUCUUGCGCCAUUUUUUGCUUUAGCAAAUAACGUUCUUGAAAUGCGACUCGAUGCCACGAAAUUUCUUCGACAUUAUCGCAGACCAGUACCUCGACGUGUCACUGACAUUGGAAUAUGGGCUCGAAUUCUUCAUGGAUUGGCACGAAUUUCCGUUAUUACAAAUGCAUUUAUCAUUGCUUUCUCAUCAAAUAUGAUUCCACGUCUUGUCUAUAUGGCCGUUGUGAGUGGAAAUAAUACUGAUAUUGGAUUUUUAAAUCACAGCCUCGCCUAUUUUAAUACCGUUGAUUUUAAAAAUGGAACUGCCCCAACAACAUCGAUUUUUACAAAUGUCACUUCCUGUCGUUAUCCAGAAUAUAGAAAUCCUCCAGAUCAUCCAGAAUUGCCCUAUAAACGACCUACUAUUUAUUGGCACAUUUUAGCAGUUAGACUAGCUUUUAUUGUCGUCUUCCAGAACGUCGUGGGAUUAUUAACUAUGACCGUUCAAUGGUGCCUUUCAGAAAAACCGAGAAAAUUACGUGAAAGAAUAAAGCGUGAAGCAUUUUUGACUGAAGCAUUAAUAAUAAAAAGAGAAGCGGAAAGAUCGCGAGAAAGAUUUAAAUAUACUUCAAGUAUUAACAGUAAUACUGGAAAUCAUAAUCGUAAAAGACAAUCAUCAAAUACUUCGACUAGCAGUCAAUUAUAAGAUUUUUAAAAUAUUUUCUACACACAAAAUAUAUAUUUUGUGCCUUUUUAAUAGAAAAAAAAAGAUCUGACUAAUUAUACAUAUAAAUAUAUAAAGAAUUUAUACACAAAAACCAGUGUGUUCUUGAGGGACUUUCGCUUUAUAACAUGAUUAUAUUGUGAAUAAUUAACAAUAUGGCUAUUAAGACAAAUUAUGAAUGGAGAAAAAAAAUAUUUAUAAACGUAAGUGUUUUCAUUAUAUAAAUUUUAAUGUGUGAAAUUUAACUAAAAAAAUUAUAUUAUUAAUAUUUUUAAAAAUGUUAACGAACAAUUUUUGCUACAUAUCGCUGUGAUUAAUUAAAAUUCUUAAAAACUUUUUUUCUUAUUUGUGUGCUUGAUGUAACGUCUUCUAAACAAAAAUGUAUUUUAUUAAUUAUUUCUACACUAUUUUGUAAAUAAAUUUAAAAAUGAUAUUUUAUUAUUGCAAAAUGUUAUCUAAAAGCGUUAAAAUUUUAAGAUAUUUAACGUUUCAAUGUUCGGCUUUUAAUAUUUUAUGAUAA